CUCCUCCAAAAAAUGAGGACCUCGUCACUUUGGUUGUACUUUAUGUUGGUUGUGUGCUAUUGCCACCAUUUUUAUCAUUCAAAUCAAAAUUGCAAGUUAAUUGUGCAUGAAAACGAAGAACCUGUUUUAGAAGGCAUUCAGCAUUAUCCAAUCAUAUUAUUGAUCGUCACCGGUGAGAACAAUCAUCAGUCGGAAGUGAUUUGUGACGAUUCUUCGCAUAAUCCCAACGGGCCCCGAGAUUGGCCAAAUAUGACUUUUGCCACUGAUGCACCUCAAGAGGAUAAAUUAACCGAUUUACGCGGCAAUUACUUGAGAAUCUCAGUUUUAGAGUCUCUUCCCUUGACCAAAAUUAAUGGGUCUAAUGUAAGUGGCUAUUUCGUGGAUGUGUUGGAUAUCUUGGCAGACCUGAUGCAUUUCCAAGUGGUUUAUCAAAGGCCUCCAGAUGGUCUCUGGGGAAGCAAGAACGACGAUGGAACUUGGAAUGGAAUGGUCGGAGAACUGACCAAUAAUCAAAGUGACAUAUCCAUUGGAGGCCUCUCAAUCACCGAGGAUAGAUCCCAAGUGAUUGAUUUCACUUAUCCUCUGAUCGAUGAUGACGUGACACUAAACUAUCGGGUUUUGGAACCGGCAGAGCUUGAUUUUCAAGCCUUUUUCCAGGUGUUCCAGAGCGGAACCUGGAUCAGUGUUGGGGUAGCUUUCAUUCUCGUAGUUAUUGGCCUUUGUUUGACGAGUCAAAUGGGACCAAACAAGCUUGGAAUUCUGAGGAGCUGUGAAAUUACGUGGGUUAACUUUAUCCUCAGGGAUCCAAAUGGUCAUGAUCAUUUUGCCAACACUUCUUCGCUUUUUUCCUACAAGAUUUGGUUUGCCAUAAUGAGCUUGUUUUCUUUGAUUGUCAUGACCGUUUACACAGGAGACUUGACGUCGAAAAUGACAGCAUCUGGUCCAGUGGACGACCUGACUUCAUUUCAAGACAUAAUUGAUCGCAAGUGGCAACUCCUAUUAAAGCCAGGAACCAGCAUCUACGACCAUGUGGCCCGAAGUAUCGAGGGAAGUGCGCUAAAAAAUGUGUUUCAAAACCAAUUAUUUGACAAUGAAUUGGAUCUGCCCUUGGCAGACGUCCUCUUGAGUAAUUGGAAUGUCGCUCAUAUUGGCACUAAAAGCAUGUUCAUCAACCAACCAGAAAUCCACAGUGUAAAAGUGCCCGGAACUUGGAGUGAACUAAUUGGCUUUGGCGUUCCCAAAGAUUGGCCUCAUCUCAGGACGAUGAACUAUCACAUACAACGACUAAGGGAAUUUGGAAUUCUAGCCAUUUUGAAAGGCAAGUGGUUUGAUAAGCAAACAGCUGAUCCAACCGGGACACAUACUGAAUCGUUUUCUAUCUCCUACCAACAUACAUUAUUUCCGUUUAUACUUUUGCUGCUGUUCUGUGGUAUCUCUAUAUUUCUUGGAGCUCUGGAGAGAUUAUUGCCAAGGAGUGCAGUACAACUCUCAUAGACUUUUCUCCUUGGUGUCUGGUAUGUAUUUGACGCUUUGAUCCCUUCUGUUGGCUCUUCAAGCACAUGGUCGCAAUGGAUCUCGAACUAUUUCAACCAUCGUUCAAAAGCCAUAGUCGCCCGCAUAAGGAGAAUGAUCAGCCAGGUUGUUGGAAGUUGUAGGUAUAAUGGUUGACAUGGGCUUGUAUUUAACAGUACUCAUCGCCAGCAAUAUAACCUCGAUUUACACAAAAUAAAACUUUAUUGAAAGAAGUGAAACAAGAAUAUGCAUAAAGUAUAUACGAAAUAUAAAAUAAUUCGUCUUGAACUGCUAGGAAUUCCAUUCUCAGUAGCUGUAAGGAAGUCCGUAAAAAAAAGAAAGAG